AUGGUGCUUGGUCACAAAGUAUCACAGAAGAGGAUAGAGGUUGACAAGGCCAAGAUUGAGGUGAUUGAAAAGUUACCUGCGCCAAUCUAUGUAAAGGGUGUUAGAAGCUUUUUAGGACACGUCGUGUUCUAUAGGCAUUUCAUCAAGGACUUCUCUAAGAUUGCACACCCCAUUUGCAAGCUUUUGGAGAAGGAGGUGAAAUUUGUUUUUGAUGAGGCAUGUCUCAGAGCUUUUGAAUGCCUAAAUGAGAAGCUAAUCUCUACCCCAGUAAUCAUUGGCCCAGAUUGGGCCGAACCAUUUUAG